AUGUCGCAGCCGCAGCAGCAGCAGCCGGAGGCGGUGAAGCUGAUCACGGCGUUCGGCAGCCCGUUCGCGCACCGCGUGGAGGUGGCGCUGGCGCUCAAGGGGGUGUCGUACGAGCUGCUGGUGGAGGACCUAUCUGCCAAGAGCGACCUCCUGCUCACGCACAACCCCGUGCACCGCUCCGUCCCGGUCCUCCUCCACGGCGACCGCGCCGUCUGCGAGUCCCUCCUCAUCGUCGAGUACGUCGACGAGGCCUUCACCUCCCACGGCGACGUCAGGAUCCUGCCGGCCGACCCCUACGCCCGCGCCACCGCGCGCUUCUGGGCCGACUUCAUCGCCACUAAGUGCCUGAAGCCGCUGUGGCUGUCGAUGUGGGCGGACGACGGCGAGGCGCGGGCGCGGUUCGCCGCGGAGACGAAGGCGAGCCUGGCGGUGCUGGACGCGGAGCUCCAAGGCCAUGGGACGAGGUUCUUUGGCGGCGACGACCUCGGCUUCGUCGACCUCGCCGCCUGCACGCUGGCGCACUGGCUCGGCGUGCUGGAGGAGGUGGCAGGGGUGCGCCUCGUGGCGGACGGCGAGUACCCGGCUCUGCGACGGUGGGCCGAGGAGUACACCUCCCACGAGAUCGUCAGGCGGUCCCUGCCGGACAGGGACCAGCUCGUCGCCUUCUUCGCUGCCAACCAGGAGAGGUACAGGUCCAUGGUCAACGCAGCGGUGCAGUAG